AUGUGUAUAACAUAUUCAUCGAAUGAACAGAAAUGCUUUGUACCACAGCACAUUCGUUUUGUAUGGGUAUUAUCAUUUGGUUUAGCGGUCGGCGCGCUUUGUUUACUCACAAUGACAAUAUUUUUAUUUCUUGCCUCACAUUUUCUUCGAAAUUCAAUCAUUGAAUACGGUCGGUUGACUGGAUUCGCUGCAAUGAUAUUUCUAUGUUUCUCAACCGUUCUUUUUCCAAUGGGAUUCGAUUCGGAAAUCAUCGGUGGUUCACCAUUUCAAUUACCGACUGAUUAUCGAAUUGGCUCAAGUUAUAUCGCAUUCGUUGGUGCCACAUGGUUAACAGUCGUCUCGGCGAUUGUCGCAGGGAAAAUGUGCCUACCAAGAUUCAGAGCAUGA